GCCAGUGGCAAGUUGCAACACGAUGAGCGUGCAGGAGAUGGCUGCUGCGCUCGCCGUGGCUAGUGGCCGCCAGCUCGUCGACGAGAGGGCCGGCCCUGACCCGAAAGAACCGGUCGAGAUGAUCAUGCUCUACACGGUCGCACUCGCGCUCUCGUCCAGCAUGUGCUUUGUCACCUGCCUCACGGUCUUCAAGUGGGCGUCGGUCACGGCCAACGCGUGCCAUGGCACAUUCUUCAUGUUCUUCGUGAGCAAAGGCCUCUGGUUCUUCGUGCGGCUCGUGUACACCUUUAGCAUCUACCUCAAUGGGCGCGUGCCCAAUCUGCGCAUCGCGACGAUCCUCUUCUCGCGCGUCGUGUCCGACUCGUGCACGAUCGCGGCCUGCUCGUGGUUCAUCGCGUCCGUGUACGAGCUCCAGCGAUGGGUCUUUCGCCCGCGCUCCGCGAUCGAGAGCCGCCGCGCCAUGCGGCGCUACAACCUGACCUGCUACGGCCUCGCACUCCUCUAUCUCUUGCCGGUUGGCACGGUGAGCUACGUCGAGCUCACCGAGCACGACGAGCCGCAAGAGAACGACUUGACGGCGACGUUGUAUUACACGGCGAUGGUCAUCUUCGUCAUUCGCCUCGUCUCGAUCGUAUACCCGAUGGGUGUCGCGGUCGCCUUGCACCUACGUGGCGACGACAUCAAGGACAGCAUCGGCGACGCAGUCCUCGACGGCCACUCGUUCCGCAACAUUCGGCUCGUCGUGACCGUCUUUUGCGUGCUCAACGUCCCGUUCUUGUUUGUCGACAGCCACCUCUUCUCGCUCGACACGAUGGGCUCGUCCACAGCCGUGAUUUUACGCGCGUGCUUUCGCAUGCUGCCGUACUCGAGCGGCGCAGCCACGUCGUUCAUCAUGGGCUAUUACCUCACGGGCUUUGAUGAGUUUUACAAGGUCAAGCGCGAGCCGCCGACGGUCCGCGCCCACGACUCGGCGUCCGCGUCCUUGGCGUCCUUUGAGUGCCACAUGACGAUCCGCAACCAGCACUCGUUCUUUGUCGUGUCCGAUUGAGAAUACCAUGUAUAGACUAGUUAGAUAAUGAAUCUACAAAUUUUGAUAGGACA